UGCUGCGUGUACGCGCCAUCCUGUGGACGUGCUGUACAUUGCACUCAUUAUCUUCCGCUGUCCUUUGAUCAGAGGAAUGCGCCACAGGUGCUCAAAACAAAAACUAACUGCUCUGAGCUGCGUUAUCGUCUCGGAUAUUCUGAGUGAUAUUGCACAGAAAUCACGAACAUCAACGUCAUUGAUCGCCGUAAGAUGGCCGGCUGUGAGAAAUCUCCCUCCUCGAAGGAGCAACAAGUACGACUCAUGAUAUGGACCACCCCUCGCUCAACAUCCACUGCCCUGACUAAAUGUCUGAGCUUCGUUGAAGACUCAAAAGUAUUCCUUGAACCGUACGUAGCUGCCUUCCACGUGGGGACUGAUAAAGGUGCUGCCUCCCAUGAGGAAGUAGACAGGAAUACGACACGGAAGGAGGCUGUAGGAGUGACCGAUGAUUCUCAGUUCACCUACAAGUGGGUGAAGGAGCAACUUGAAGAGACCCACGAUGGCAAGAAGUUCAUUCUCUGCAAGGACAUGGCAUACGCUGUCUCAGAUCGCUUUGCAUUCCUCCCUGAGAACUACCAGCAUCUUUUUCUUAUCCGCAAUCCUCUGAAGGUCUUUCCAUCUUGGAAAAAAGUGUAUCAUCUUGCAAUGGGCCGUUCGAUGGAUGAGUUUGAGCUUGAUAAACUGCCUCCAGGACUGUUCCCUCAAGGUCGGGGUUAUAAAGAGAUAAAUGAUUUGAUCGAGUAUCUUAAGGAGACCCAGGAUCAAGAGCCGAUCAUCAUCGAUACGGAUGACCUUCUUCAAGACCCUAAGGGUAUCCUCUCGGCUCUCUUCAAGGCCAUCAGGAUGCCUUUUGAGGAGAGGCUUCUGAGAUGGGGAGCAGGUGAUGCCAUCACUCGGGAAUGGGUAGUCGCAAGGCAUUUCCUGGAGGUAAACCAAAUCGGGCAUAUUUACAAGACCGCCUUUGACAGCACGUGUUUUACGAAGCCACGCCCUCUGCCCGAUCGCACUCCUCUGUCACCUGACAUCCUUCGCUGUGUCGAUGCUACCAUGCCCUACUAUGACAAGAUGCACGCCCAGCGCUUGACAACUUAGUCUGGUUCCCCGACCUGACAAUUUCCCCCGACGUCUACACGUCUAAAU